GCCUCUUCCGGCUCCGUCGCCGGGCAACGGCUCCGCAACCUGCCGCCAUGCUGGACGCCGGGCUGCCGAGCCCCGCCGCCCUCCGCAGCCUCUACGCCUGGCUGGACGGGCUCCCGCUCAGCCGCCCCAAGCGCCGUCUGGCCCGGGACUUCAGCGACGGCGUGAUGCUGGCGGAGAUUGUGAAGCACUUCCACCCCCGGCUCGUGGACCUGCACAACUACACCCCUACCUGCAACACGGAUCAGAAGCUCAGCAACUGGCACAUUCUCAACAGGAAAGUCUUUCACAGGCUGAGCUUCUGUGUCUCAGAGACAGACAUCCGCAAGGUGGUGGCCAGCACGCCCGGGGCCGUGGAGCCCAUCCUGUGUGCUCUGCGGGAGAAGGUUGAGGGUGGCGCUAUCCACACGGACCUGCCCGGUGCCGUGUCUGCAGGGUCAGGACUCUAUGGCGCCGAUGCCGCCCAGCCCUGGGCAGACCUCACCACCCCUACGCGCGCCGGCCUGCCAAGCCCCCCAGCCCCCUCCAGCAUGAAGACCACUCAGAACGAGAGUGCUCCGGAGAAGAUGGGCCGCUGCGCCUGCAGAGGUUGGGACCCAGCCGGAGGGCCCUGGGAGUUCCCGGACCCUGGGGGGCAGCUGCUGGAGGACAAGGAGCAGGCACUGGCCAUUCUGCAGGAGAUGGUCAAGAUUUUGCAGGUGAAGGUGGACAAGCUGGAGCACCUGGUGGAGCUGAAGGACCGGCGGAUCGCAGAGCUGGCGAGGCCCCGGCGUGGGGGGCAUGGAGGGCCCCCCGGAGGAGCCCCCUGGCCUGAGCCAGCCAGACCCUGAGCCACCCGAGACCCGGUUGAUGCUCCAGAUGUGGCCAAGCACUGUCCCGCACGAGUGGGGAGCCGGGGCUGCUCCCCAGGGGUUCCCUCCGAGCGUCGCUCUGGGUUCCUGCCAGCCAGAGACGGCUUUGGACUCGGAGACUGGGGUCUGGUUCUUUCAUGCCCUGGGAAGUCUCGUCACCAUGGUGUUUGUGAGCACUUGAA